AUGUGGGCCCUAGGCUUUGGCCUGGGGGCAUAAAAGGGGGGCCUGGGGCAACAGACCACUCAUAUCACUCAGAGGGUUCCUCUCUUUCACCCUCAACAAGCCAUGGAUGUCUUCUCGCCAUCCCAGGUCUACUACGACAGAGCUUGUGCUUCGUCCCCAGACAGCCUGGAGUUCGGCUCCGGCAUGGAGCUCGCCGGCUCCGAGGAGGACGAACACGUCAGGGUUCCUGGAGCUCCUCACCAACCUGGACACUGCCUGCAGUGGGCCUGCAAGGCCUGCAAGCGCAAGUCCAGCUUUGUGGACCGCAGACGGGCCGCCACCAUGCGUGAACGCCGGCGGCUGAAGAAGGUCAACCACGCUUUCGAGGCGUUGAGGCGCUGCACCUCGGCCAACCCCAGCCAGCGUCUGCCCAAGGUGGAGAUCCUGCGCAACGCCAUCCAGUACAUCGAGAGCCUGCAGGAGCUGCUACGAGAGCAGGUGGAAAACUUUUACGGCCUGCCUGGAGAGAGCAGCUCUGAGCCCGGCAGCCCGCUGUCCAGCUGCUCUGAAGGCAUGGCUGACAGCAACAGUCCGGUGUGGCAACAGCUGAAUGCAAACUACAGCAGCAGCUAUUCAUAUGCAAAGAAUGAGAGUUUGGACGACAAAGCAGCCGGAGCUUCGAGUCUUCAGUGCCUGUCCAGCAUCGUGGACCGUCUGUCCUCGGUGGAGUCCAGCUGUGGACCGGCUGCUCUGAGAGACAUGACCACCUUCUCCCCCGGCAGCUCCGACUCGCAGCCCUGCACACCGGAGAGCCCCGGGUCCAGGCCCGUGUACCACGUCCUGUGAAGAGAAGCUCGCUAUGACGUGGAUAUACCGCCACAGGCACCAAACAACAAAGAAAACUAAAGAUGAGAACUAGUUUCGUGCAAAUCAGAGGAAGAAUCUGAGGACAUGUGGCAACCAGUGGUGGUUUUUUUUUAUUUUAUUUGACUGUACAUGAGAUUGUAAAUAUGUAAUGUAAAUGCCCAUUUAUUCUAUACAUGCUAUUAUACCCAAUGAGACAUAUUUAAUUAUGGCAGUUAAUGUGAUGUUGCAUUACUCAAAAAUGGUAUUUAAGCAACGUUGUAUCUUGUUAUGAUUCAUUGUGUUGUGAUCAUUAAAUCUUUUAUACAAAAGUGUUUGUUUCUUUGGACUUUUUUUGUCCAUUUGCUCUCACAGCUGCAAUGAGCUCAAACAGUGGCAAUGGAUUAAUGAAUGACAUGAAUCUUGACUAAAAAAAUGCUAAACGGUGCUUUUUCAGCAAAACAAAAUGUAAAAAUUACACAUCAAAAUAACAAAAUCAAGACAGAAAAUGACAAGACCGAGACAAAACGACAAAACAAGACAGAAAAUGAUAAA